CCCCCGCGCUGCCAUGGGAACGGCUGUGGGCCGCAAGGAUCGCUGGGAGUCCCCGGUGUGGCCGGUGGGACGCUCUGGCCCGCUGGCGGACUCUCGUCGCUGCUCCCCGUGCGCGGCGGCGCCUCGGAGGCGCGGCUGUUCUUCCCGUCCGCCAGGGGGAGCCCGCGGGCGGCAGCGGCGCUCUGGGCGGCGGCGGGCGGGAGCAGCGAGGCGGCGGGGCCGGGCCGCAGCAUGGCGGGGUCGGGGUCGGAGUCGGAGCAGGAGCAGUACUCCUCGGCCGAGGAUGACGACUAUGUGCCCUCGGGUGCGGAGUACAGCGAGGAUGAUGAGAGCGAGCUGGUGCGGGAGGAGGAGCCGGCGGACAGCCCGCGGCCGCCCCGCGGCAGGAGGAGCCCCCGCCGCCCCGCCAGCAGGAAGAGGAAGAAAGGCGGUCUCUUGCUAGAGGCAGAUGAGAAAGAGGAAGAAAAAGCCCAGCAGAAUGGAGAGGAGCAGAAAGAGGAGGAAGUGGAUGAUGUAGAGCAAACAGAAAGAAGCAGAGAAGAAGAAGAAAAAAAGAAGGAGGAUGCUCUUUGGGCCAGUUUCCUCAGUGAUGUAGGACAGAAGCCCAAAGCUGCCACACAAGGGACACAAAUCAAGAAGACUGAAGAAGAGAACAGUGGGAAUAAGCCUCAGGAGAAGCCAAAAGAUUCAGGAAAAGUGACAAUCACCAAAACGUUCGAUUUUGCUGGUGAGGAAAUCAAGGUGACUAAAGAAGUAGACUCAAACUCAAAAGAAGCUAAAUCUUUUCUGAAGCAGCAAGAGAAACUGCAGUCAGCAGCUCCAGCUUCCUUGCCGACAGUCUCGGGGGUGAAGAGGCCAAGCGGUAUGAGCAGCCUCCUGGGGAAGAUCGGUGCCAAAAAGCAGAAGAUGAGCACACUGGAGAAAUCUAAACUGGACUGGGAGAACUUCAAGGAGGAGGAGGGGAUUGUGGAGGAGCUGGCAAUCCAUAACCGAGGAAAAGAUGGGUACAUCGAGAGGAAAGCGUUCCUGGAGCGUGUGGAUCACAGGCAGUUCGAAAUCGAACGCGACAUCAGACUGAGCAGGAUGAAGCCCUGACAUGCUGGGGGUGGCCAUGGGGGAUUUUGCUCCCUUCUGUGCCCCAGGGCUGGCUGGGGGCUGCCAGCCACCGACGACCACCAAGCACAGAAACUGUUCUCUACCCAAGACUCAGCCUGUACUGUCUCAACGUACAGGCUUUUCCUUUUACUGUAAUAGUUUGGGGAGGGUAUUUGUCAGUGGACAGGAGGCACUUUGAGGGUUAAAUGGCCCAGCAGCUGAUAGAAGACACUGGUGUAAUUCUGGCAACAACUUUGCAAGGAGAAGAGGUGGUGGCACCCAUCCAUUACCAAUCCCAGGUGCUUCUGGCAGCAGGAGGAGCCGGGGAGAGUACUGGCAUGUUUGGUGGUGAGAGUGGAGCUGCAGGAAGGUUUCAUGGCUGCUGUGCAUAUUCAAGCUGUGGGCUGGAGCCCUUCUGCUUGCUGUGCCAGCCCCGCAGCACUCCCUGCCCCUCCGCCCUCUGCUCCUGUCCAGACAAAGCCAAACUGUCUGUACUUGUUUGUGGGGUCUGAUGAUGCUCGGGGGGGUUAAGCAAGCUGGUGAAGAAAUCCUUCCUUGUUCAUGCUGUCAAGAAGAUGGGAGCAGCUGCAGCAGGCAGGAAGGGCCAGGAUCUGAGUGUUCACGUGAAUAAAGUAUUCCAUCCCAACA